AUGGUCAACAUCACCUACGGCAUCCUCGACGCGCCCGACGGCACCGUCGCCGGCUCCGUCAACCAGGCGCCCGGCGGCACCGACAUCAUCGUCACCUACGGGCCCGGCCGCUCCCAGGUGGCCGCCUACAGCCCGGGCGACAUCUCCUGGGUCCUCACCUCGUCGGCCCUCGUCUGGAUCAUGAUCCCUGGCCUCGGCUACCUCUACUCGGGCCUCGCCCGCCGCAAGAACGCGCUCCACCUCCUCCUCCUCACCCUCGCCGCCCUCGCCGUCGUCAGCUUCCAGUGGUUCUUCUUUGGCUACUCGCUCGCCUUUAGCCAGACGUCGGGCACCUUUAUCGGCAACAUGCGCAACUUUGGCUUCAUGAACGUCCUCCAGGACCCCAUGCCGCAGACCAACAACAAGAUCCCCGAGAUCGUCUACGCCCUCUACCAGUGCAUGUUUGCCAACCUGGUCCCCGCCAUCGCCAUCGGAGCCGCGUGCGAGCGCGGCCGCGUGUGGCCCUUCCUCGUCUUCACCUUUGUCUGGACAACGCUCGUGUACGACGUCAUCGCCUGCUGGAUCUGGAACCCCACCGGCUGGGCCUUCAAGUGGGGCGUCCUCGACUUUGCCGGCGGCGGACCGGUCGAGAUCAACUCGGGAAUCACGGGCCUCGUCAUCUCCUACUACCUCGGCCCGCGCCACGGCUACGGCACCGAGCGCCUCCUCUUCAAGCCCCACAACGUGUCGCACAUUGUGCUCGGCACCGUCUUCCUCUGGGUCGGGUGGCUCGGCUUCAACGGCGGCUCCACGUUCGCCGCCAACAUCCGCGCCGCCAUGGCCAUGGCCACCACCAACCUCGCCGCCGCCUCGGGCGCCCUCACCUGGAUGUUCCUCGACUUCCGCCUCGAGCGCAAGUGGUCGGUCGUCGGCUUCUGCACCGGCGCCAUUGCCGGCCUCGUCGCCAUCACGCCCGCCGCCGGCUUCGUCGGCAUGCCCGCCGCCCUCCUCAUCGGCGUCGUCUCGGCCGCCGUCUCCAACUUUGCCACCGUCCUCAAGGGCCCCAUGCGCGUCGACGACGUCAUGGAUAUUUUCUCGGUCCACGCCCUCGCCGGCUACGUCGGCACCCUCCUCACCGGCAUCUUUGCCCAGGCCUCGGUCGCCAACAACGACGGCAUCGCCGAGAUCCCCGGCGGCUGGCUCGACGGCAACUGGAUCCAGCUGCCCUACCAGAUCGCCUGGUGCACCGCCGUCACGGCGUGGUGCGGCGGCAUCACCUUCCUCAUCAUGUUUGUCCUCGACCACACGCCCUACAUUGGGCCCUUCCGCGCCAGCGAGACGGGCGAGAUCCUCGGCGUCGACGAGGACCAGAUUGGCGAGUGGGCCUACGACUACGCCUACGUCAACCGCAGCAUCGAGGAGGGCGACGUGCGGCCCAACCACGGCCUCUCGCUCAACAUGAACGAAAAGGUCACGGACCUGCAGAAGCAGUCGUCGACGAGCUACUACCCGGACUCGUCGGCGUCGCAGGACGCCGCCGCAGCAGAGGCAUCGUCGGCGGCCGCAGCGCCGUCCCAACAGCAGCAGCAGCAGCACCUGGCACCAACGCAGACGUCGACGCUCGAGACGGAAAACGCCUCAUCGUAUCCUCCGAGCAGCCGGCAUCCCGCCGCCGAGGCCUCGACAGCCACCCAGGCAUAG